ACCAACAACCAGUGGUGAAUCAAAUUUUUUGUCGAGGGUAAGCACGGCCUAAACUUGUUUGAUUUUUGAUUUGCAUACGCUUUUGUUUCCAUCCACAUUUCCCAAAUGCAAAUUUCUCUCAUAUUCCCGGCUCUGAAACAUUUUAAGUACUAACUGAACUGCCGGAUAGUCUGUUGAGCCCGAAGCCUCUAUCCAGCCUCUUGAGCGCGCUCUUGAAAUUAGGGAGGAGUCACUACCCGCAACACACAGGAAGGACGGACGCUUCUAGUAUUAGCCUUGUUCAGGAUGGUACAAAGGAGAUAUUUGCGAGGUUUGAUCAUCUCUGAUAAUUUACGAAGCGUCCGAUUCGCACAUUUUAAAGGGGAUUCUGGACCGCCGAGAUGUCUAAAACGCGUUCCCUCCGCAGGAUGAGGAAGGUGCAGGUGCCGAAGUAGUAGCCUGACGAUCAGAGCUAUAGAUAGAGCGAAUCUGAAAGAUGCAGAGGGGAGGCAGCGUGGCUCUAUGUCGCCAUAAAAUAAAGGCUUUCUGCUACAUGAUGAUGCUUAACGUCUUCAUCUGUGUCGUGAUAAGCGUGUCAUGGAACCUUGGACACAAGAGAAGUGGCCAUCACAAAGUUCACAUCCCAUCCAAGAGGUUUUGGAGUAAACACAUACUGAAUGAAACCUUCUGGAACAAGGAGCAGCAACGCUUGGAUUUCAUUUACAACCCCAACUUUAACUCUGUAUUCUCCAGCACGUCACGCAACACACUGCCAGAUUGGCUCAAUGACACUGGACCUCUGGACCCGUGUGAACCGGACUACAGAGUGCCCAGGCAAAUCUUUGACUACAACUCCCUACCAAAGCAAUUCCAGGACUUUCUUUUGUACAUGCGUUGUAGGACAUACCCUAUGUUAAUAAAUCAGCCCCAUGUUUGUAGUGAAAAACCUUUCCUACUGCUGGUUGUCAAGUCUUUGAUCUCUCAUUUUGAAAGGCGGCAGACCAUUCGUGAAACUUGGGGACAAGCAGGAGUCUUAGCCAACCAGACUGUGGUAACAGUGUUCCUGCUAGGCAACGUCUUGUCGUCAGACCACUUCCCAGACUUGCAGGAGUUACUGAGUCAUGAGGCAAAGCUUCACAAAGACAUACUUCAAUGGGACUACAGAGACAGCUUCUUAAACCUAACUCUGAAAGAGGUCCUCUUUCUGGAGUGGUUUACCAAACACUGUCCUCAAGCUCGAUUUGUUCUUAAGGGCGAUGACGACGUCUUUGUGAACACCUUAAGAAUUGUUAACUAUCUGGAAGGCCUGCCAGAGGGUGAGUCCAAGGAUUUGUUCAUAGGCGAUGUUAUAAUAAAUGCUGGGCCACACAGAGACAAGAAACUUAAAUACUUUAUCCCAGAGAGUGUGUUUGUGGGAAACUAUCCUCCCUAUGCUGGCGGUGGAGGAUAUCUGUACUCUGGGGAGUUGGCGGUACGCCUACACAAUGUAUCUCAGCAAGUAGUGCUGUUUCCCAUUGAUGAUGUAUACACUGGGAUGUGUCUCAAGAAGCUGGGUCUUGUUCCUGAGAAGCACAAUGGCUUCAAGACAUUUGACAUUGAAAAGAAGUAUAAAGACAAUCCUUGUAUCCACAGGAACUUGAUGCUGGUUCACAGCCGAACUCCACAGGAGAUGUUAACAAUUUGGCCCUUCAUUGUCCAACCCGAGCUGGACUGCCAGUGAAAGCUUUAUUAAUGGCUGUUUGCAAUACUGAGUUUGUCAGUCAUUUUCAAUCCUUCCAUUCUAUAUUUUUCAAAUCAAAGUUCAACAGGGUUGCUACUUUUUAUUUACAGGAUAUGUGUUGCAUUUUACUGUUUAAUUUUAUAUGGAGCAUUUUUUUUUCUGAAUCUGUAGUGUUCUCUGUGAGUCAUGUUGAAAGAGACAUUUGAUUCUCAUCUGAUGCAUUUUUAAAAUUUGAGUCAUUCAGUAUGUUUAAAAACACAAUAAACGCUUUGAGAACUAACAUGAAGUAAAAAUGAACAUCCUGAAAAUGAAUGAUGUUAGUACAUUUUCCUGAUUUAAAAAAAAUGCAUAACUAUAUGUUGAUUUAUACAGUAGGCCUACUGAUAUCAGCACCUGCCUACAAGGUUGAAAAGUGAAUUGCAUUAGUAAUAAUAUAUAAAACCAUUUCUGUUCAUUUAAUGACAUGUAUGUCUGUUCCAUUCACAGAUGACUCUUUGUGAAGCUUUGCCCCCAACAUUUUUUUAAUCAUUAAAACAUUCCAGUGUCUCUGAAUUUUGUAUGCUUCCUAUAGGCUCUGGGCACAUACACAAAAGGAGCUAUUUGAUGUGCCACAAAAAAUGUAUCAGAUGAGAAUCAAAUGUAUCUUUCAACAUGAGUGACAGAGAACACUACAGAUUCAGAAAAAAAUGCUGCAUAUAAUAUAAACAGUAAAAUGCAACACAUAUGCUGUAAAUAAAAUACAAGAGUAAUGUGCUGUUUUGUCACUGAUCCAGGUGACUUGUUUUAGCUUGAGUUAUAUUUAUUUUACCGCUCUGUGUGCUCUUGGUGUUGCUCUUUAUUUCUAACACAACUUCUAACAGCUUUGUAUUUGAACUCUGAAACUUUGAUACAUUUAAUCAGUAAAUGUUACUCAGUGUGUUCAGGUCUGAUACUCUUCUGUAGCCUAAUAAAGAAGACAUUUAGUUUGUAGUCAGAUGAAAGUGAAAUAAAUGUUAUUGAUUGGAAAUUAUUGACCAUAAAUCAUCUACAAAUGCAACAAUUCAAUUUUCUAAUCUAUGUUUUAUUAGCUGCAUUAAAACAAUGUUAAAGAGACUUGGCAAACAGACCAAACUUUUAUACAGUUUUUGCAAUUGAAUACAUGCAUUACACACGACACACCGUUUGCACUGCUGUAAUUUCACAACUGGGCUUCAUUUAGUGAUGUGAGUAAAGUGAGGUUAAACAGAUUACAUAUACAGAUACCAUCAGCAGAGAAUCUAUAAAAGACAAGAAACAUUCUUUAAAUAAAAGUAUUAUUGAUCAUGUGAUGCUUCCCACCAAAUUUAAACUGAAAUUCAGAAUAAGUUAUGCGGUAAGUAUAUGUUACCAUGGUGAUUUAUGCAGGCAAAAAGAAAGUCACCUUCAUAACAAAGAACACUCUUACUAUAAGCUCAACAUAGCUCACUACUUUGUUGAUAUUUGUUGUUUAAUGGAUGUGUUUGCUGGUAAACAGUCCAGCUGUUAUUUCUGUUUUCAUCCCACUUUGGAAUCCCACUAUUUGGUCAAAUCCCAAUCUUCACCACUUGCAAAUAAAAUGAACAAAAGCAGGUAACUCAAUAAGGUAAUAGAGCUUAAGCAUCUAACUGUGGCUGAACAUUUGCACAAUGUGUAUAAAAUUUAGACCUACAUUUUUAGAUUUGCAGAUGGUGCUACAUUUAGUAGAUGAAAUAAUAGAUCAGACAUUGUCUGAAUAUCACUGCUAUUACUCCAAUAUAACAGCCGUGCCACAAAAAAAAAAGAACCAAAAAAACAUGAUUAUCAUGUGCAUGUUUGCUUUUACAUUUUCUUCUUAAUAUACAUUUUCACAUCUGAAGGCUCUUAUAAUUCAAAGCAUCAUAAAAACAUGGAUAGAAGCAUCAGGGAAAAUAUAAGCAGGAGUCUUAUUUUUAAUAUCACUGCAUUUUAAAUGAAUUGCUUUUCAGCCUUAACUGACGUGACUAAGUUAAAGAAAUGAAAUAAAACUUAAAGUGAUCCGACACUGGGUGUUGCUGUGAAUUUGGGUUUAUCUGACAGAAACAUGACACAUAUUUUCACAGACUUCCAUAAUUCAAUUUAUGAAAUAUUAUUUUGACUGUUUUUCUUGCUUAUUUGUAUGUGUGUAUUUGAAUAAGCAGUAAAGUGAGUUUGGCUCAUAUGCAACAAUUUUCCAUGGUUGACUGAAUAAGGAUUAAGUUUUGUUGACAUUGUUUUAGCCAUUACCCCCACCCAUCUGCUCCUCACUCUCAAUAAAUGAAAACUGUCUCUUGUUAUUGUGUGUUGUUGUGGUAAAUUUUAAACUAAUCUGUAUUUGAAUGUCCAACAAUAAAGUGUUCUAAUCUCAUAAAUUACAACAUGUGAUUUUUGGUAUUAUUUUUUUUCCUGGAAAAAAUGUAAAGAAAUAGUUUAUGAAACUCAAACACAGCAAAUAUCUGUAGCAGAUAAAACCUAAACCCCUAAAUAAAAUAAGUGCAGUGUCUUCAGCUUUGUCUUUAAAGCAGAAAGCACCAGCCCAAUAAUAAAUAUUACAGUGCCCUCUGCUGGA